AUGGACACUCUAUUCAAUCAUCUUUGGGUGGUGAAAGCUGGGAUUUUAGAUACUUUGGGAUAUGGGAUGUCUCAAGAAUCCUUUACAAAGCAGCAAGCAUCUGUUCAAUCAUUCUUGGUUGAAAUUUUAUUUGGAGUCAAUGUUACCAAUGAAUACGGCCAUCAAGUCCUUCCAGAAAAGGAAAAUUUCUUUCAUAGGUCUGAAAGCAAAGAAUUGUAUGAUUUGAUGUUGAAGUUCUUUGACCUGAAGCAGAAUGACAUUGUUUAUCAUUCAAAGAUAAGGGUAUAUGCAAAUGGUGACUCAGAUGUGCUAGAGGAGGAUUUAAUUUUGACACAGAUUGUCGUGAAUAUACUGGGAUACUAUUACAAGAUUAAAAACAAUGAGAAGUGGAGGGGAAUUUUCAAAACAGAAAAGAGGUUGUUCAAUUUCAUUCAUAGUUUUAGUGUAAAGCCACAACACCAAUUGGAAAAAUCAAUUCACAAAAUCUAG